CGCGUCAAGGCUACAGUCCGCCCAGUCCACGCUUCUAGUCCUCGUGAGCAAGGCCAUUGUUUAAGUUGCAGCACGACCACGCGAGCCGAAUUCAACGACUCCUCACAGCAUGCGCGAGAAGCCACGCUGCCGUCAGAACUCAAGAGACGCGUGCAGUCAAAGCCGGGUGAUGGGGACCAAGCUAAGCUCUCCGAUCAAAGUAAAGAAGAUCCGUUGAAAAUAAACGAGGGACCGAUCACUAGGGCAAGGGCAAAUAAAGGAAGCGCUGAAUUUGUGCGCUUUAAUGAUCAGUUAAAGUAUGUUCUUUGUAUUUUGAUCAUGUUGAAAUUUUUCGAUAUUCAAAUGUCGUCCCUUAGAGAACCUGAUCAUCCGGCAGUUCCUCAGGCCACGAUAGUCGCACAGUUCCGAGACUACCACCCCGACAAAUUCUCCGGGCAGGGAGACCCGCGUAUCGUAGAUGAAUGGGUUCAAGGCCUCGAAUUGAUUUUUGAGGUCAUGGACUGUCCAGAUCGCUAUCGCGUUACUUGCGCACAGCUUCAGUUGACUGGUGAUGCUCGACUCUGGUGGAAUGCCUAUUGGAGUAUGCGUCCUGGCGAGAAAGAAGGUUGUACCUGGGACAGAUUCAAGGAGAUGAUUCGGGAGAAGUAUUAUCCCACGUACUACCGAGCAGAGAUGGAGUGGCAGUUUCUGUCGCUCAAACAGGGUACUCGUUCUGUUGAUGAGUACGAGAGAGAGUUUACCAGACUUGGAGCCUUU